CGCCCCAUGGCCCCUGAGCCGCAUGGCCUUCCUGGACCCCAGGACACCUGCCCCCAGGCCGUCGCCAAGCAGGAGGAGAGCCAUGUGCUGGCUCAGCGCCACCAGCUUCAUGGCGGCCGAAGAGAUGCACUGGCCUGUCCCCAUGAAGGCCAUCGGUGCGCAGAACUUGCUCACCAUGCCUGGGGGUGUGGCCAAGGCCGGCUACUUGCACAAGAAGGGCGGUACCCAGCUGCAGCUGCUCAAAUGAGAGCAGCCUGGGAGAGGCGGAGCCCCCAGGCCUGGCAGAUGCCUGGCUUCGAGACACUGAAGGCCCAAGAGCAUCAGGACCUUGUCCAUCCCUCUGACCAGCCACGAGGGCCUCUGCGCUUUGUGGUCAUCCACAAACGUUGCAUCUACUACUUCAAGAGCAGCACAUCCGCCUCCCCGCAGGGCGCCUUCUCACUGAGCGGCUACAACCGGGUGAUGCGGGCGGCUGAGGAGACGACGUCUAACAACGUCUUCCCCUUCAAGAUCAUCCACAUCAGCAAGAAGCACCGCACGUGGUUCUUUUCUGCCUCCUCGGAGGAUGAGCGCAAGAGCUGGAUGGCCUUGCUGCGCAAGGAGAUCGGCCACUUCCAGGAGAAGAAGGAGCUGCCUCUAGACGCCAGCGACUCCAGCUCGGACACCGAUAGCUUCUACGGCGCCAUCGAGCGGCCGGUGGACAUCAGCCUGUCUCCGCACCCCACAGACAGCGAAGACUACGAGCAUGAUGACGAGGACGACUCGUACUUGGAGCCCGACUCCCCCGACCCCGGGAGGCCUGAGGACGCCCUGAUCCACCCACCGGCCUACCCCCCGCCCCCUGUGCCCACGCCCAGGAAGCCAGUCUUCUCUGAGGUGCCCCGCGCCCACUCCUUCACCUCCAAGGGUCCAGGCCCCUUGCUGCCACCCCCGCCCCCCAAACGCGGCCUCCCCGACGCCGGCCCGGCCCCCGAGGACUCCAGGCAGGAGCCUCUGGCCCUUCGGCGGGUAGAGCCCAGCCCCAGGGUGCCCGCCAUCUCCCGGAGGAUGAGCGACCCCCCACUGAACGUCCUGCCCCCCGGGCCCGGUCUCCGGAAAGCCCCUUGCUUCCCUGAGAACAGCAGCCCCAGCCUGGAGCCCAGGAUCCCCAUGCAUGGGGUCAGCCCCACCAGCACAGCCAUGGCUGCCUCCCGGAACUGUGACAAGCUCAAGUCCUUCCACCUGUCCCCCCGGGGGCCACCCGCCCCUGAGCCCCCGCCCGUGCCGGCCAACAAGCCCAAGUUCCUGAAGAUGGUGGAAGAGGGCCCCCCAAGGGAGGCAGCCAGGCCUGGACCCUGUGUGCCCCCCGUGGCCCCCCGGCCGCCUCCGCUGAAGCUGCCCGUGCCCGAGGCUGUAGACCGGCCCCCCGUCCUGCCCCGGCCAGAGAAGCCAGCGCUCCCGCACCUCCAGCGAUCACCCCCUGACGGGCAGAGUUUCAGGAGCUUCUCCUUUGAAAAACCCCGGAAAGCCGUGCAGAGUGACACGUCGCAGGCGGACGCUGGCGGGGAGGGCUCCGACGAUGACUAUGAGAAGGUGCCACUGCCCAGCUCAGUCUUCAUCAACACCACCGAGUCCUGCGAGGUGGAAAGGCUCUUCAAGACCACGAGCCCCCGGGGGGCACCCCAGGAUGGUCUCUACUGCAUCCGGAACUCCUCCACCAAGUCGGGGAAGGUUCUGGUCGUGUGGGAUGAGACCUCCAGCAAAGUGAGGAACUACCGCAUCUUUGAGAAGGACUCGAAGUUCUACCUGGAGGGUGAGGUCCUGUUUGUGAGCGUGGGCAGCCUGGUGGAACACUACCACACCCACGUGCUGCCCGGCCACCAGAGCCUGCUGCUGCAGCACCCGUACGGCUAUGCCAGGCCCAGGUGACACCUGCGCGCCUCGCUACUGGGCAGAGGCGACCCCGGGGGCCCCGGCCCC